AUGUCUGCCCGAGUCAACGCCACUGAGAAUGACCCCACCGUCAUCGUCGGCCUUGCUUGCCGAGUCCCUGGCGCUUCCAACCCCAGCAAGCUCUGGGACCACAUUGCCGCUCAGCGAGAUGUCCAGCGCAAGAUGCCCGAGGACCGCUUCAAUGUAGACAACUACUACCACCCUGAUGGCACCCGCAAGGGAACCACGAACGCUCGCUUCGGCUACUUCCUUGAGCAGGAUAUUGCUGAAUUCGACAACUCCUUCUUCGGCAUUUCUGGAAAGGAAGCCGAUGCCAUGGACCCUCAGCAGCGUCUGUUGCUCGAGGUCGUCUACGAGGCCUUGGAGAACGCUGGUAUCACUCUUCAGGACAUCAGUGGCUCUCAGACUUCUGUCUUCUGCGGUAGCUUCACCAACGACUAUCUUUCCAUGACUGGCAAGGACUUGACGGCGAACUACCCCAUGUACCACGCCACUGGUACCGGUAACGCCAUUCUGUCCAACAGAAUCUCGUAUUUCUACAACUUGCACGGAACUUCCAUCACUCUUGAUACCGCCUGCUCGUCUUCUCUUGUCUGCUUCCAUCUCGGCAACCAAUCGCUGAAGAAUGGCGAGGCUGACAUCUCCAUCGUUGUUGGCUCUGCUCUCCACUUUGACUCCAACAUCUACAUCACAAUGACGGACCUUGGCAUGCUGUCUACAGAUGGCCGCUGCCGCGCUUUUGAUGCUUCAGGAAGCGGCUACGUCCGUGGUGAGGGUAUCUGCGCAGCCAUCCUCAAGCGCCAGAGCGCCGCUGAGACUGCUGGCGACAACAUUCGCGCCAUCGUUAGAGCUACUGGAAGCAACCACGACGGCCGAAAGAACGGUAUCACUUUGCCCAACAGUGUUGCCCAGGAGGACCUCAUUCGUUCUACCUACGAGCAGGCCGGUCUCAACCCGCUGCACACACAAUACUUCGAGGCACACGGUACCGGCACUGCCGCAGGUGACCCGAUCGAGACCCGUGCCAUCGGAGCAGUCUUCUCCCCCGGCCGCAGCAACCCCUUGUACGUCGGCUCCGUCAAGACCAACAUUGGUCACCUUGAGGGUGCCUCAGGUCUUGCAGGCCUGAUCAAGACUACUCUUGCGCUUGAGAACGGACAGAUCCCUCCCAACAUGCACUUCAACAACCCGAACCCGAAGAUCAUGUUCGAUGACUGGAAGAUCGCUGUUCCUACCAAGAUGACUCCUUGGGAGGUGCCAGAGGGUAUUGCCCGAAGAGCCUCAAUCAACUCUUUCGGCUAUGGUGGUACCAACGGACACGUCGUCUUGGAAGAAUACAAGAAGAACGCUGCCCCCAAGACCCGCUCUGUCACGGCCAUCGAGAACGGCGUUCACGCUCGCCCGUACCUCGUUCCGCUUACCUCUCACUCCGCAAAGGCUGGUGAGCUCACUGAGGAGACAUUGAAGAGAUACCUUGAGCAAGGAGAUGUCAACGUCGCCGACCUCUGCUACAGUCUGGCCACUCGCCGCACUCUUCACGGCCAGCGUUCUUUCGUCGUUGCCAAUGAUUCAGCAUCACUAGCCGAGCAGUUGACCAUUGCCCGCCCUGCCGCCAAGUGGACUCUGGCCAACAAGUCUUCCCCCAGACUUGGCUUCAUCUUCACCGGCCAGGGUGCCCAGUGGUUUGCCAUGGGUCGCCAAUUGAUCGAGGAGAGCCCCCUGUUCCGCCAGAGCCUGAAGCGCUGCGACAGCAUUCUUCAGGCGCUCCCCGACAGGCCCGAGUGGUCCAUCCUCGAGGAACUUUGCAAGACCAAGGAGACUACUCUUCUUGGCGAGACACUCUACUCUCAGACCAUCUGCACUGCUCUGCAGCUCGCCUUGCUCGAAGUUCUCAAGGCCUGGGGCAUCACUCCCUCCGCUGUCGUCGGUCACUCCUCGGGUGAGAUGGCCGCUGCCGCUGCUGCCGGUAUCUUGACCUUUGAGAACGCCCUCAUUGCUGCCUACUACCGCGGUCGCUACAUGUCUGCCCCCAAUGAGAAUGGCAAGCCUGGUGGUAUGAUGGCUGUCGGCCUCACUGAGGCCAAGGCUCUCGAGGAGCUCAAGCCCUACAAGGGUCGCCUUUGCAUUGCUGCUGUCAACUCCCCAAGCACGAUGACAAUCAGUGGUGAUGAGGAUGCUAUUCUCGAGCUCAAGGACAGCCUUACCGAGAAGAAGGUCUUCGUCCGCCAGCUUAUCGUCAAGCAGGCCUUCCACAGCCACCACAUGAACGCCUUGGCUGGUGCUUACGAGAACGCGCUCAAGAACUGCAAGACCUUCACCACCCAGAAGCCUACUUGCCGUAUGUUCUCCAGUGUCACCUCUCGCCUGGCUGAUUACGAGUCGAUGGGACCCAAGUACUGGGCCACCAACAUGACCAACGCUGUCCGCUUCUCUGACGCUCUCACUGGCAUCCUUCUCGACGAGGAAGAUGAGCAGAAUGUUGACGUCCUGAUUGAGCUUGGCCCCCACCCUGCUCUGAAGGGCCCUGCUCGCCAGACCACUCAGUCUCUGAAGCUUGACCUGCCCUACAUCGGCUCGCUGACUCGUGGUGUUCCCGACUUCGAGGGACUGCUCAACCUCGCCGGUACAUUGUUCUCUCUCGGUUACCCUGUCGAUCUUAUUGCCGCCAACCAGAACUUGAGCUUGGGAGCGGAUGGCAGUCUUGUCAAGGUUGACACCGGAGCCAAGCUCAACGACCUCCCGACCUACACUUGGGACCACCGCAGGUACUGGACCGAGACCCGCUACCUCAAGGAGCACCGUCUUCGCAAGUACCGCCACAGCCUUCUUGGCCACAUCAUCCCCGGUUCUAUCGCCAAGAACCCCAAGUGGAGAAACUACCUGCGUCUCAAGGAGCUUCCCUGGCUCCAGGAGCACGUGGUUGAUGGCAAGGUUGUCUUCCCUGGUGCUGGGUACAUCAGCAUGGCUAUUGAGGCUGCUCUUCGUGUUGACGAGGUCGAGAGCGCCAAGAUGAUCUUUGUUAAGGAUAUCGUCAUCAAGAACGCCCUUCUUCUCCCCGAGAGCGAUGAUGGCGUCGAGAUCUUGCUGGAGCUGAAACCUGUUACGCUUUCAGCCAAGAGCCACUCGGAGACCUGGUACGAGUUUGCCUGCUACUCAUAUGACGAGAACAGCAACUGCACCCAGCACUGCCACGGUCUUAUUAGCACCGAGAAGGGAGAGCCGGCCCCCGUUCCUGAGCCUGUCUCUGGCUCGGUCAACCUCGGCGAGCUGCUCAAGAAGACCAACCGAUCCGUCACCAGCGGUCAAUUCUACAACCAGCUUGCCGGUCUCGGUCUCGAGUACGGCGAGAAGUUCCGUCUUUUGAGCGGUUCUGUUGAAUCAGGCCCAGGUUUCGCCCUGAGCGACCUCAAGUUCGACCCAAGCGCUCUUCCCCAGGAGCGAGGUGACGAGACUGUUGUCCACCCGACCCUUCUUGAUGCUUUCUUCCACGUCAUCUUCAACGCCAUUGAGUCUCGCCUCGGUCGCCCUCUCGAUGAGCCCUAUGUACCUUCCUUCUUCAGAACCUUGAAGAUCUCUGGCCAGUUCUUCUCGUGGGCUCAAUCCACUGAGGCCAAGAGCUUCCAGGUUGCUUCUUUCACUCAGCUCCCGUCUCCCCGUGUGGCAAUCAACGACAUGAUCAUGCAGAACGCAAGCGGUCAGCUGAUGAUGGAGAUUGGUGGUCUUGAGGUCACUUCCCUGGGCCGCGAGAUGCCAGAGGGCAGCGGCCCUCGCACCCUCUUCUACCAACAGAGAUGGCAACCUUGCUUCGACUUGCUCGGCAACGCAAAGGGCAAGAGCCUCAGCGAUAUUGUCGACAUCUUUGCACACCAGUACCCUGACAGCAAGAUUCUUCACAUCACCUCGGAUGUCGAAAAGUCGAAGCAUGUUCUCUCCGCCCUUGGCGGCACCAAGAGUGAGCGCCGCAGAUUCCACAACAUGGACGUGUGGUCUCUCAACGGUGCGAAGCUUGGCGAGGAGUUCGAGACCCUGUCCAACAACACGAACAACCUCGUGAACAUUGUCGAGCCCCAGCCCGAUAGCUACGAUCUCGUCAUCGUCAGCGAGACCGGCUCCAUCAACGCUGUUCCUUUCAUGAAGGACACCGGUUGCAUCAUCUUUGAUGGUCAGAAAGGAUCCGUUGCUGCCGACCUUUCCGAGGUCUUCUCUAGCCCGAUCUGCACCGCUCUGCAGAAGAAGAAGACCGCGGCGCCCAUGACUGGUCCCAUCUCAGUCGUCAUGCCCUCCGGUGACGUCUCGCCUCGUGCGCUGGCCAUCUACAACGCUUUCGAGUCUGCUUUCGGCGGUCGCAUCAUCACAAGCACCUUCCCCGAGAUUGCCGAAGCUGGUCUGUGUGCGGUGGCUGAUGAUGUUGUCGUUCUGGCUACACUGGACGAGAUCAUUGACAAUGAGUCGAUGUUCUCAGGUGUUCAGGCCCUUCUGGGAGCCAUCCAGAAGAAUGUCAUCUGGCCUCUUGAAGGUGCUACCUUCGAGUCCGAGAGACCCGAUCUUGCCAUGAUCAUUGGUCUUGUCCGCACUGCUCGCAGCGAAAACGACUCUUCUCGCAACGUCACCUUCGACUUUGGCAAGAACACCGCUGCCGAGACUGUCGCCUCGAACAUCCUUCGUGCACUUGACGCCAGCUUGACCGAGGAUGAGCUCGCGGAGCGCAACGGCGUUGUCUACAUCCCUCGUGUCGAAGCCGAUGAUGGUCGCAACUCCAAGCUCCGCAACGGACCUGCUCGUGAGCCUCGCUUGGAGGCUUUCGGUGAGCGUCGGCCUCUGAAGCUGACCUUCGGCAAGGUCGGUCUUCUUGACACGCUUCACUUUGCCGAAGACGAGGAGAUUAUUGACACCGAGCUCGCUGCUGAUGAGCUUGAGAUUGAGGUCAAGGCAUCUGCCAUUAACUUCCGUGAUCUCGCUGCUUCUCUCGGUAUCAUCGACGACUACAAGCUUGGUGAUGAAUGCGCUGGUAUCGUCUUGCGCGUCGGCUCCGAAGUCAAGGACUACAGCGUCGGUGAUCGUGUGGUCGCCUGGAGACCUGGCCAGGGCGCUCACCGCGCCAUUUGCCGCAACCCCGCCACUCUCUGCCACAAGAUCGAUGCCAACAUGUCUUUCACCGAUGCCGCUGCUCUGCCUUGCAUUCUCACUACCGCUUACUACUCCCUUCUCGACACCGCCCGCCUUCAGAAGGGCGAGACCGUCCUCAUCCACGCCGCCGCUGGAGGUGUCGGACAGAUGGCUGUCCAGAUUGCCCAGCGCGUGGGUGCCCGCGUCCUCGUCACGGUCGGAUCCCCUGCCAAACGCCAGCUCAUGAAGGAAGUCUACGGCAUCAGCGAGGACUGCAUGUUCUCUUCUCGUGACGACACAUUCGCAGCCGGUGUCAUGCGCGCCACGGAUGGCAAGGGUGUUGAUGUCGUCCUCAACUCCCUUGCAGGCAACCUCCUCAAGGAGACUUGGGGCUGCCUCAACGCCUUCGGUCGCUUCAUUGAGAUCGGAAAGCGUGACAUUCACGAGAACACCAAGCUCGACAUGUCUCCCUACCGCAAGAACGUCAUGUUUGCCUCGGUGGAUCUUAUCACCAUGUUCGAGAGGAACAAGUCGCUUGGCGCUCGUGUCUUCAGCGAGUGCUGCGAGCUGGUGAACAAGGGAGAGAUCAAGUUGCCUGCUAUCCUCGAGGUUUCUUACCAAGACGUCAUCAAGGGCUUCCGUCUCUUGCAGAUGGGCAAGCACGCCGGCAAGAUUGUCCUAUGCCCUUCCAAGGAUGACAUGGUCCCCGUCAUGCCUACCAGCUUCCGCAACACCAUGCUCUUCAGCUCCGAGAAGACCUACCUCCUUGUCGGUGGUCUCGGCGGUCUUGGACGAACCCUCGCACAAUGGAUGGUUCGCAAGGGAGCUACCAAGCUUGCCUUCCUUUCUCGAUCUGGUGCUGACAAGCCAGAGGCUCAAGCCACCGUCGACUGGCUGGUGGAGCGUGGCAUCGAGGCCACCGUCUACCGCGGCGACGUCGCUAAGCUUGCCGAUGUGCGCGCUUGCGUGGAGGGCAUCAGCAACCUCGGCGGUAUCUUCCAGGCCGCCAUGGUUCUGCAGGACGUCCCUCUCGAGACCAUGAGCUACUCGCAGUGGAAGCGCUGUGUUGAGCCCAAGGUUCUCGGUGCAAAGAACCUUCACGAGGCCUCCCUGGGUGUUGACCUCGACUUCUUCGUGUGCUUCUCUUCCGUUGCUACGGUUCUCGGCUCCAAGGCGCAAGCCAACUACUCGGCUGCCAACGCCUUCCUUGACGCUUUCAUGCGCCACCGUCGCGAGAUGGGUCUUGCCGGUACUACCAUGAACGUCGGCGCCGUCUCCGGUGUCGGUGUCGUCAGCGAGAACGCCUCACUUGCCAAGAUCAUGGAGCGCUUGGGCAUGGACCCCAUCAACGAGGAGGAGCUCCUUUACCAGCUCGAGGAGGCCGUCAAGGGUGACCGCAAUGUCAAGACCACGGCCCGCGGCGUUGAUGCCCACCAGAUCAUGACCGGUGUCGGUCUCAUCAAGCCCGAUGUCUACUGGGCGGCCAAGCCUCUUCUGAAGAACUUGUACUCCAACCACGACUUCGGUGGCUCCGGAGCUGCCGGCAAGAGCCAGAAGAACGUAAUGGCUAUGCUUCGCGAAGAGUCCGACCCUGAGAAGCGUACCGAGAUUGUUCUCGACAACUUCCUCGACAAGAUCGCCCAGGUCCUUGCCACUCCCAAGGAGUCCAUCAUUCCUUCCAACCCUCUGUCUGCCUAUGGUCUCGAUUCCAUCGUCGCAGUCGAGUUCAGGAAGCACUUCCGCAAGGAGAUCCAGGUGGACAUUGCUCUCUUCGACAUCUUGGGCGCCGCCAGCAUUACUGCCCUCGUCCAGAAGGCUGCCAAGAUGAUUGUUCUCACUUCCGCCGCCAAGGAGGCCGGUCCCGCCGAUGCAAAGGCGGAGAAGAGCAAGGGUGCCGAUGCCGAGAGCGCGGAGAAGUCUGCAGAGACCUCUGCCAUGGCCUCUGGCGAGAUGACGAAGACCAAGACUUCUGCCGGUACUCCGAUCGCUCUGUCUACCUUCCAGUCUCGUCUCUGGUUCGUCCACUCAUUCCUGGAGGACAAGUCCUUCCUCAACCUGCCCAUCGUCAUGAAGAUCAAGGGAAGACCUGACUUGGCCGCGCUUCGCACCACCAUGUACGAGCUCGUCUCUCGCAACCCUUCCAUGCGCACCAGCUACUUCGAGGGUGAUGAGUUCGCCCAGCAGGAGAUUCUUGAGGACUUUGAUGUCGAUGUCUCCUUCCGUGAUCUCUCCGGUGAGGCCGACCCCGAGCAGGCCCUUGAGGAGUUCGUCAAGUACAACCGCAAGAUCGAGAUGAACGUCGAAGAGGGCGAGGUUUCCAGCUUCUCGCUGGCCAAGCUUUCUGAGGACGACUGGGCCUUCAUCUGCAUGAUCCACCACAUCUCUAUCGACAGAGGUAGCAUGAAGGGCAUGAUGAGCCAGUUCGUUUCCCUCUACGAUGCUACCGUUCAAGGCAAGGACCUCUCGACCGUUCCCUCGCCCGAGUUCUCCUACGUCGACUUCUCCAUCUGGCACAACGCCCGUCUCGCCUCUGAUCUUAUGCGACCUGACCUCGACUGGUGGAAGGAGCGCCUUUCUGGCAUUCCCCAGGCCAGCAAGCUGCUGCCCUUUGCCAAGUGCGAACGUCCUCAGCGAUCUGACCCGCGCCGUCUGGCCCUCAAGACCAACUUGAACUCCAAGUUGUUUGCUCGCAUGAAGCGUCUCGCCGCACAGGCCAACGGAACCCCCUUCCACUUCAUUCUCGCUGCCUUCAGGGCGUUCCUCUUCCGCUACACUCAAGAGAAGGAUCUCGUCCUGCUCAUGGUCGAUGGCAACAGGCCCCAUACGGAUGCUGAAGACAUCAACGGAUUCUUUGUCAACCUGGUCCCCAUCCGAGUCGAGGAUGACUGCGAGGGAGUGACCUUUGACCAGCUCUUUGCCAACUGCAAGCAGCGAGCUCUUGAGAGUUUGGCUCACUCUGGUGUUCCUUUCGACACUGUGGUCGAUAUCCUGGGCGCGAAGAAGACCCCCAGUCACAUGCCCGUCGGCCAGAUCGCCGUCAACUACCAGAUCCACGGCCCGACUCCCACAUACUCUACCUCCGACUUCCAGAUCAACAGCAUGGUGACGGACGACAUUCCCACUGCGGCUGACAUGCAGCUUGAGGCACUUGAGACGUCUGACCACGCUCUGGACCUGCGCAUCGAGUACUCCACCGCACUCUACAGCGAGGCAGAUAUGGAGCGCUUCCUCGACAACUUCCUCACCUUCCUGUCUGGUUGCAUCAAGGACCACCGCCAACCCAUCGAGGAGGUCGGCAUGUGUGGCGAGAUUGAGCUCAAGACGUUGGCAAACGAGUUUUGGAACACUGAGACCCGCGAGAACCAGUGGGAGGGAAAGAGCGUGUUGGACAAAAUCUCCCAAAUGGCACUCGAGCAUCCCCAGAACACCGCGAUCAAGACGUCUGACGGCUACAGCAUCACCUACAAGCAAUUGAUCCAAGACGCGACCAGCGUGGCCUCGGAGCUUCUUCAAGCAGGCGUCAAGCCCGGUGACCGCAUCGCAUUGCUCGCUUUCCCCGGCGUCGAUGCCAUUGUCGGCCAGAUUGCAUCUCUCAUGACCAGGAGCUGCUACGUCGCUCUCGACACCGACUUUGCUCAAGACCGUCUCUCCUUCAUGAUUUCGGACGCCGGUAGCCGGGUUCUUCUCGUUGGACCUGGAGCCGAGUCCCUUGCCAGUGACCUCACUUCCAAGGCUGUUGUUGCCCCCAAGGUUAUCAGGAUUACUGAAGCCGUCGGUGCUGUCAAUGCUUCGACCCAGUUCAGCCCUCGCCAGCCCCAGGACCCUUUCUACAUGAUCUACACCUCUGGAAGUACCGGUACGCCCAAGGGAGUUCUCCUGACCGAGGAGAACACCCACCAGAUGCUUGCGACCCUGAACAAGGACUACUGCUUCACUUCCAAGGAUAGGUUCCUUCACCAGUCUUCCAUGUCUUUCGAUCUCUCGAUUGUGCAGAUUUACUCCGCUCUGACGGCUGGCGCGACUUGCCUGGUUGCUGCGUGGGAGACUCGCAAGGACCCUCAUGGUCUCGCUUCUUUCAUGGCAACCGAGAAUGUCACGACCACCUACUUCACCCCGACCCAGUUUGCCCUCCUUCUUGAUCUCAACACCGAGGCGCUCAAGAAAUGCAACAACUACCGCGUCGCUUACUUUGCAGGAGAGAGAUUGCCCGUCCGCGUAGCUCGCAGCUUCUACGACCUGAAGACCCCUGCGACUCUCUACAACACCUGGUCCCCAUCUGAGCUCAUUGUCCAAACUUCCAUCGCCAAGAUUGAGUACCCCGCUGAUGGCGAAGUCAGCCUGCCCAUCGGCUUUCCCAUGGACAACUGCCGCCACUACAUCCUCGAUACCAAGGGAAACCCUCUCCCCGCUGGCAUGGUCGGUGAGCUGGUCGUAGGUGGUUCCCAGGUCGGUGCCGGCUACCUCAACCGCCCCGAGAUCAACGCCAAGUCCUUCGUCGAGAACCCCUUCGCCAGCGUUGAGGAUCGCAAGAGAGGCUGGACUAGAAUGUUUAAGACGGGUGACCGUGGCUGCUUCCGCACUUCUGACAAACAGCUUGAAUUCCAUGGCCGUAUUGCCGGUGACAAGCAGAUCAAGCUUCGUGGCUUCCGCGUUGAUCUCGGCGAGGUCGAGCAGCGCAUCUUCCAGGAGUCGCAGUCGCAGCUCGUUGAUAUUGCCGUCAUUGCUCGUACCGUCGAGGCCGGCCAGGAAGACCUUCAACUGAUUGCCUACGUGGUGCCCAAGAAGGCACUCAGUGCCGCCGAGAAGCAGACAUUCGUCUCGACCAUCCACCGCAAGAUCAAGCCCCAUCUCAACGAUUACAUGCUCCCCAACGCCUACAACUUCCUGACCAAGCUGCCUGUGACCAUUGGCGGAAAGGUCGAUCGCCGCAAUCUCCUGAGCAGAGAUCUUGAGCUUCUCUACCCGACAACUGCUACUACUGCCAAGCCUACUGGCGCAGCCAACGGCGCUUCUUCGAGUGCUGGCGACCUCGAAACCUCUGUCAUGGGUCUCUUCCGCGGUAUCCUGGGGGACAAGUACUCUGAUGUGAACGACAACUUUUUCCAGCGAGGUGGUCACUCGAUCCUCCUCGUCCGUCUCCAGGCCAAGAUCAAGAAGCAGUACAAGAUCGCGCCCACUCUGCCCCAGAUGAUCAAGGAACCCACCGCAGCCGCUGUUUGCGCCUUCAUCCGCCGCAACAAGGGCGAUGGUUCCGGCGGUAAGGCGGGGUUUGAGAACGUCAUUAGCUGGAAUGUCGAGACCAAGCUCCCCAACGAUGGCCGCUACAUCCCGCGAUACGGCGCCCCACGCGUCGACCGUGACGAGCUCUCCAAGUUUCUGAUUACCGGCGGCGAGUCCUUUAUCGGACUUCACUUGCUCGCCGAGAUUCUGACCAGCAAGCCGAAUGCCACCGUCUACCUUCUCGGAUCGAUGGAGCGAAUCGAGACCUCCGUCGUCGUGAGCGAGCUGGCCAAGUAUGGCCUCAUCAACGACCACAGCAAGAAGGGCGUCGUCUUGACCGAGAAGGACGUUCUCGGCCGCAUCAAGAUCGUCCCCGGCACCCUCUCGCAGCCCAGCUUCGGCCUCAGCAAGUCAGCCUUCCGCAUCCUGGGCCAGACCGUUGAAUCAAUCUACCACCUGGGCGGCCACGUCUCCCUUCUCAAGACCUACUCCUUCCUGAAGCCCGUCAACGUUGCCCCCAUCUUCGACCUCAUCCGCCUCGCCGGCACGGGUGACCACCUCUCCGAGAUCCACUACCUCAGCACCUGGUCCGUCGCGCACCUGCAGUCCUGGUCCCAGUCCAAGCGCACCCGCACCGAGUACGUCACGGCCGAGGAGGACAUGUCCCACUUCCAGCCGCCGACCGAGGACGAGUUCGGCUACUUCAAGUCCCGCUGGGUCGCCGAGAACCUCCUCUGCCACGCCGCCUCCCGCGGUUUCCCCGUCACAAUCACCCGCGCCUCCGCCGUCACGGGCUCCUCCCACAACGGCAACCUCGACCCGGCCGACGAGUUCACUCUCCGCAUGAUCCUCAGCAUGAUCGAGUCCGCCAAGGUCCCGCAGAUCGGCCAGCCCAAGCAGCCUGGCUUCGCCGUUGACGUCGUGCCCGUGGAUUACCUCGCCCAGGGCUUCCUCGCGCUCACCUCAGAAAAGGAGGCUCUCACCUCCAGCCCAGCCAACUACAACAAGCCGCACAUCUACCACAUUGGCAACCACUCGCCCCUCAAGCUCGCCGACCUGCCCGAGAUCGUGGCGACGCUGCGGCCCGACGGCAAGCGCGGCGAGGUCGUCUCGCUCGACGAGUGGCUCACGUCCAUGGACAAGGGCAACGCCGACGAGGCGGCCGUGCGCAACACCGUCCUGAAGGAGUACCUCGCGACGGGAUACGUCAUGUUCUCGCUCGACAACAGCAAGACGGCGGCCUUGUUGGAGAACCUGGUGCCCGGGCUCGACGAGAAGUGUCCUGCCGUGGACGCCGCGUUCCUUGGCCAGCUUUGGCAGCGGAUUAAGAAGGCCGAGGCCGGGGCUCAGGCGUAA